UCUAGUCCCACCUGUGGUCAUAAGUAGAGGACUACCUGUAGCAUGUUUUGCUGUAUCUGUGUCUCAUGAAUGACUGAAUUAGUCAAUCACUCUCAGUGCAGAGGUAGCAGAAAUUAUCUGACUCCAAAAGAAGUUGCCUGUUUUGUCUCUGCAUGAGUUACUGUCCUAGUAUUUACACUUUUUAAUCAUGUAGAAGCAGAAAAAUUAUCCAAGGCAAGUUAUCUGCUGUGCAUCUAUGUAUCUCAACAUAACAAUUGUGGAAUAUUAGCUGAGGAUCAGAUGAGUCUGUAUGUCCCAAAAAAUAAGAAAUAUAUAACCAAAAAUACAGUGUUAACAUUACUCUUGUUUCUUCCUUACAUUAGUUCAAAAUUACAGAAAAAAUGCUGGGUACAGAAACUUCAAUAACAUUCUCUUUGUGCUAUCAGCAUACAUUUCAGGAACAUUCUUCAUCAUGAUAGUCUUAAAACAGAAAUAGGCCAGAAGACAAUCGAAAAUGGGAAAUCUUACGAAGCCAAUUCAGAAACUACUGCUGCAAUUUCACAGACUUCAAUACCUUAUAUUAUAAAGUGGGAGACAAAGAAGAAUGGGAAGUCAAAAGGGGUCUGAUGCAAAUGAGCAUAAAGGAAGCUGUCAGCUGCAUUCUGCUUCAGCCAAUAGUAGCAAAGCUCCAUCUUAGCUGUACCAGAAGCUGUAUUAAACAGCAGAUCAGCACUGUUCCAGCAUCUUUUCGGAAAAGAGAGAGAGAAAUCAGAGGAGUCUCCAAACAUGGCAACUUUCAACAUUAGCCACUGGAAUGAAACUACAUCCCUCUACCAGUAUCUUGGCUUUCAAGUGCAGAAAAUUUACCCUUUCCAUGACAAUUGGAACACUGCCUGUUUUAUCAUCCUGGUCAUAUUUAUAUUUACUGUAAUAUGUUUGGUGGUACUAGCUUUUUUAUACGAGCUGCUUGACUGUUGCUGCUGCGUUAAAAACAAAACCAUGAAAGACUUAGAAAAUGAACCCAAUCCUGUUAGAUCUAUGAUGAACAGCUUCAGAAAGCAUGAAACAGAAGUGGUGUAGAGGUGGAAUGAUCUUCAGCACCAGAAUCAAACAGAUGUUCAACAUUAUAUUGAAGCCUCUUGUAUUUUAAGACCAAGCAAUUCGGAUCCUGUUUAGCCUUAAAUAUCACUAUUAGCACUCCCUUUUUUCUUUUUUUGGUUGAUGGGUAGAAACCUGAAAAGGUCACAAAACACUUGCUAAUGGAUAUGUCACUGUGUGGUGUGAAAAAGGAGGGUUAUUUUGUUUUAUAAUAAACUGCUGUU